UAACGUUAGCCGUUGGGAGGAGCUGUUUCUCAGCAAACACCUUAGCCGAAGCUCAGACCUGGUGAAGCUGCUCUCAUGUCAACUAAAGGGCCAGCGGCGACGGAGAAACUAAAGUCCUCGUUUAUUCAGCUUCUGUGACGCCUUCAGCUGUCAACUUGAGCUACUUUUUUUUUAAUUAUUUAAAGAGCAGCUAGAAGCAGCAGCGGCAGCUACGCCCCGGGGCUGAAAUUAAGGACUCACUAUGUCUGAUGGGGAAUACGAUUACCUCAUUAAGUUCCUAGCGCUCGGUGACUCUGGCGUGGGAAAAACAAGCUUCUUAUACCAGUAUACAGAUGGCAAGUUUAACUCCAAGUUCAUCACCACAGUUGGGAUAGACUUCAGAGAAAAGAGAGUGAUGUACAAAUCAACAGGUCCAGAUGGAUCUUCAGGCAAAGGACAGAAGAUCCACAUGCAGCUGUGGGACACUGCAGGACAAGAGAGGUUUCGAAGUUUGACGACUGCUUUCUUUAGAGAUGCGAUGGGGUUCCUCCUCCUGUUUGACCUCACUAACGAGCAAAGCUUCCUCAACGUCAGAAACUGGAUGAGUCAGUUGCAGAUUCACGCGUACUGUGAAAACCCAGACGUCGUCCUGUGUGGAAACAAAUGCGACCUGGCAGAUCAGAGGGCGGUCAGUGAAGAAGAGGCCCGCGAACUGGCAGAGAAGUAUGGAAUUCCUUACUUUGAGACGAGUGCAGCAAACGGGCAGAACGUCAGCCAGGCCGUGGACGUCCUGCUGGAUCUCAUCAUGAAGAGGAUGGAGCGAUGCGUCGACAAGUCCUGGAUCCCCGAUGGGACGGUCCGAGCUAACGGACCCGCCAACCCGGACACGUCAGAGGGCUCUGAUAGAAGCAAAUGUGCUUGUUAGAAUGAUUUUACUUGCACAUGUGUGUCCAUAAUGUUGGUGGAAAAGUAGGCAGACGUCCAAGUAUAACAAAGUGGGAGCUUGUAUAGUUAAUCCUGUUACCUAAAACUUAACAUUAUUCGUGCCUUUUGCCCCACAGACCAGCAUAAUAGAGAUCUACUUCCACUGACAUGCUGCAGCGUGUCAGUUCUGAGUUAAUGCCUGUUGAAUUUGGGCAUUUCAUUUCAUUUCAUUGUCUCUUUAAUCAUUCAUUCGUAUUGGUUGUGAGUUUGGGUUAUUUAUUUCAUAGCUUAAAUAAUCAGUUGAAUAUGCUGAUCAUGUUUUCAGGUGUAGAUUUUGGCCUCCGCAUCACAGAAACGUGAGCCGCCAAAGGCUAUAAAUAUACUGUUAAUACAAUUAACCUGCUGUAAAGAAAGAAACUGCCUUUGAAUGUGCUUUUAGGGAACCUUUAGGUCUCUAGUGAUUUACUGCUGAUACUGUGCUUUAUGUCCGGCUGUGUACUGCAAUCUCACUGUCGCUCACACCGGCCAUCCAGUGGCAGUCAAAUAGACAACUUUAUUUUCUAAAUCUUCUUGCUUGUUUGCUGUUUUUGAUUAAAUCAUUUACACUUUAUUAUGUAUAGUUUUGAACUGAAAAUGCAAAAUAUGUGCUCAGUAAUUUUAUAAUAGAAAUAAGUAUGUCAUAGAAAGCAGCAGUAGAAGCAGAACAGUCACUCAGGAACCCUGUUAAUUCAGGUAAUUUAUCCUGCCAUUUAAAAGAGACAUACAAAAAAUGCAAUCAGUUAUUAAGGAGUUGACAUUUUUGUAGAUAUUUUGACUAUUUGGCCAUUAAACCAUCAAAGCAAAUUAAACUGGGGAAGUAUUUUUGAGGGAUAGCAACUACCAAAAUGUUUCCCUGCUGGCUCUUGAUCAAAUAAACACAAACACAGAAGUGUUGCGCCUAGCGACGACUAUUCAGAUGAGGUGAAGUUCGAUUCUUUAGAAAAACAUUAAAAUAGUAUCAUGACUCGCUUAUCUUGCACCUCUCAUAGUAACAUCAUCAAUGCUUCUCUUUUUUGUCACGAUGCCAACAGUUUUACAUUAAACAUGUUUUAUAGUAUUGAUGAAUUCUCUUCGAUACUCAAACCUGAACAUCUACAAAUUAAUUAUUAUUGUUCCAGGGUUUUAUUUCUAAUAUUCAUACCAAAUUAAUAUUACAUUGUAGUAUAUAUAAAAAUGUUCAGAGGAAAAGAGCAGAGAUGCAAUUUAAUGCAGCAAAUGUCAUAAAUGUAUUAAGUGUGGCUGUUUUUUUUCUGGAUCAGAUGAUGGGAUGCUUGAAGAUCUAGAUGCUGGAUGUAACUGCUAGAGGGCUGCUCUGUUGCUGCUGCAUUCUCAGAAUAUCAUUAGGUUGCUAAAUGUGUUGAUUUUUGAAAACGUCUAAGCUUUGAUGCUGUAUUGCCAACUUUUAUAAAUAAGAUAAUAAAAUAGGGCCCUCCGCUUUAGUUUGCCCUCAUAAUUUGUCCUUUAGAUCAGUUUAUAAUACUGCUGAUAUGUUAUGAAAACACACAAAACACUGAAAUGGCACUGUAUUUUAUUGUUUUACACGCAAAUCCACGUUUGUAUUACACUGCCAUUCUCUCCUGUAUAAAAGGGUGAAUGUGUUUCAGCUCAGACACAUAGUUAUGUUUCUCUUCUCACUGUUUUAGCCACAAAUUCAAGUAUUGAUGAUCUUAUUCGUAGGACUAAACUGAAACAACGUUGUCAAUUGUGCCAUAUUUUCAUAUGCAAAAAUAUGUACAUUUUGUCCAAAAAUAAACAUUUGUAUUUAUGUA